AUGGAUAUAUCUCCCGGUUAUGCAAUUCGUGCGGUCGUUGCAGCCAUUAUCUCGACCCUUCCUCGAAACUCAGAGUAUCUGAUACCCGACUAUAAUACGGCCCACAAUUGGCUGAUUGAAGACGAGGACCUAGCGAAAGUUCUGAGCGGAAUCGGGGUAUCCUUUACAAUAGAUGAGGACGAUUAUAUGCUAUCGUUCUUCUCCUAG